UUUUGUGGUUGAAGAAAAAAAAUGUCACACACUUUAUUUUGGAUUGUACAAAAAUGAAUAUUCAAUUUGUUUAGCAGUUAAUAAAUCCUCGAGUGCCAAGAGUAAUCGAAAUUCGAGCUUAUAAUUUAAUUGGAUUCCUGAUCCCUGCUAUACUUUCACGAUGUCGAGACGGCGGCCGCCACCGGGACUCACGAUAAAGGCACCGGAGCAGCCCGUUAAUGUCACUCCACCGAGGAAUUUGGAUAAACAGACAACAAUUACAGUUGAUGACAAAACUUUCACAGUGUAUGCUGAUGACCUGGUCAAAAUAUGUGAUCUUGGCCGUGGAGCUUACGGCAUUGUAGAGAAGAUGCACCAUAAACCAAGUAACACCACAAUGGCUGUCAAGAGGAUUACAGCUUCAUUUAACAGCCAGUCAUUGGAGUUAAAAAGAUUGCUGAUGGAUCUCGAUGUAUCCAUGCGUGCUAGUGCAUGCCCGUAUACGGUCCACUUCUAUGGUGCCAUGUUCAGAGAAGGCGAUGUGUGGAUAUGUAUGGAGGUCAUGGACAUGAGUCUGGACAAGUUCUACACUAAAGUGUACAAACACAACAAAACCAUCACCGAAAAUAUUCUCGGUAAAAUAGCAUUUUCCGUUGUUAGUGCCCUACAUUAUUUGUACUCAGAAUUGAGAGUCAUACACAGAGAUGUAAAACCCUCAAACAUACUUAUAAAUAGGAAGGGUGAGGUCAAGAUGUGUGACUUCGGUAUAUCCGGGUAUCUUGUAGAUUCUGUGGCGAAAACUAUAGAUGCUGGCUGUAAACCAUAUAUGGCUCCUGAGAGAAUUGAUCCCACAGGAAAUCCGGGCCAGUAUGACAUCCGUAGUGAUGUUUGGUCACUUGGAAUUUCAAUGAUCGAGCUAGCCACAGGAAAGUUUCCUUAUAACACAUGGGGAACACCUUUUGAACAGCUGAAACAAGUCGUAAAAGACGAUCCUCCCAGUCUUCCGAGUGGACAGUUUUCUGAGGAAUUUGAAGAUAUGAUAACCAAAUGCUUGAAAAAAGAUUACAAAUUGAGGCCUAACUAUGAUGCACUGUUGUCUCAUCCAUUCUGUAAGGAGCACAGCGAAAAGGAAACGGACGUAGCUACUUUUGUUCAGGAGAUUCUGGACAUACCCGAUGAUUCUUAGUGUUUUGCAUGUUUAAACAUUACCUAUAAGUACAAGUGUUUAGAAACUAACAUUAGUCUAGUGAUAUAUGGAGAGAAUACAGUGAGUCGUUCAUUAACACAGCAAGAAAAUUGGUUCUCACACUGUAAUAUUAUUUGCAAAUCGGAACAACAAUUAUUAUUGUUAUGACGUGAAUAUAAUUUAGAUUGUAAUACUGCUAGAUGAAGUAUGAUGUACUACGUAACUCUAACCUCAAAUAAUUGGCCCUGGCAAAGUAUUGGCCGGAAACGAAAUAUUGUAAUGACUGCUAUGUCGUUUGACACAGCACAAAUAUACAUCACAAGUUUAUUAGAUGAAAUAAACUACUUGUUUUA